GAGGCUGGAGGCGGAGGAGCGGCCCCACCAUGUUGGUUUCUGCACUCGGGGAAUUUCUCUGCUCUGGUAAAGCGCUGGCGUUGCUCUGGCCCGGACGGGCGAAUGGCGCGGCCUCGGUGCUCGGCCUGCCCGGGUCUCCGGGGGGAAGGAAUCGCAGCUACCAGGCGCAGCGGCUGGAAACCGGCCAUAAUCCGGAAAUGGAGGAUAAGGUGAUCAGCCCAGAAAAAGUUGAAGAAGCAAAAUUGAAAGCAAGAUAUCCUCAUCUGGGCCAGAAGCCAGGAGGCUCAGACUUCUUGAGGAAGAGGCUUCAAAAAGGACAAAAAUACUUUGAUUCUGGUGAUUACAACAUGGCUAAAGCAAAGAUGAAGAAUAAGCAACUGCCUACUGCAGCUCCUGACAAGACAGAAGUCACUGGUGACCAUAUUCCUACUCCACAGGAUCUUCCACAGCGGAAACCAUCUCUUGUUGCUAGCAAGCUGGCUGGCUGACGAGAACAGCUGAACUGCAUGAUUAUUCUCAUUCCUGUUAUUUCUCCUUAAUAGUUAUUUCUCACCCUCACAUCCCCCUUUUUCUUUCUUACACUAAGUCAUGAGACUGACAGCUUUGCAGGUAGCGAUAGCAUGUGCUGCUAUUGUAAGGGAGUACUGUUAAGAGUAAAAUGUGUAGUAUUUGGACUAGUUGAGAACAAUGCACUGAUUAAAAAGGACAAGUUUGGUUAGAGCAAUGUAAUCUACUUGAAAAUGUACAUAUUGCCCAUUUCCUAGUGUAGGACUGGUUCCAGCAAGUGACAUCGCAAGUUUUACAACUUCUAAUGUUUCUGCUUUUGUUAUUUCAUCUUAAUUACAGCAUAUUUGUAUUUAAUAUAACCUCCAGUUGUGUUGGGUUUUUCUUCUGUGUUUGGGUUUGUUGUCUAAAAUAGGGGUUUAGACCACAAGUUGCUAGAUGGUAAAGCAUGUAUAAAAACAAAGACAGGGCUCUGAUUGAAUUUUGUUUCUGCUUUUGAACUUGAACGGCCUUAAACCUGUUUCAGCUUUAACAAUAGAGUUUUUACUUGGGCAAUAUUUGCCCAUUCUGGUGUAACUCUUGUGAAUCUAGUGCUUAUUGACAACUGCCUGUUGAAGCUGGUAUUCUUUUCCGUUUCGUAGCUUAGGACACACUUUUGUUGAAGAUGUGAAUGAAGUGUGCAUGUGCAUAGACUGUUGAAUUCACUCUUGUGCCAUUUUUGUAAAUACAAUAGUUUUGCACAACCUUUUGCAAACGUCUAUUAGUUUUACACUUUAAAAAGCAGAUAAUGUGCCAAUCAAAGCACAAGUGAUUCUGUAUCUUUCAAAGUCUUGUCCUGAAACUAAGAGCCCAGAAUCUUGCUAUUGAAAGUAAAAACUGAAUACCUGAAAUCUGUGAAACACAUUUACACUUGACCCAGCUUUAUGCUAUAUUAUGCUAUAUUUUGUUUCACAACAACAUCCAGGAUUCAAAUACAAAUUUGGAAUUUCUGUCUAUAUUUGGAGGCAAGUGCCCUUUCUGUUCAGCAGCUCUUUAAGCUUUUGAAGUUGAAAUGCUCUGUCUGAUUUCAUGGGAGAUGGCUAAACGUACAGUUCUAGAGAGUUUCCUGUGUGGCAAACUCCAGGUCUAGACUUGCUAAGGUUUGAUACGCAAUUGUCUUUGGGCUAUUUUAGGCUUCUGGAAGCGGAGGGGUAUAAUUUUUUUUUUUUCUUGGACUCCUGAAGUAAACUUUUCUUUUUGUUAUACAACAGCCCCUCAUUGGCUUUGGGGAAACUAAAGAACUGUAAGUGGUAUUUACAUAAUGACCUCUUGAGAAAUAGUUAACUUUUCAUGUCAGAAAAUGGGAAUGAACUUCAGUUCAUCUUUAUUAUGCAGGUCAUAAGUACUAGAUUAUCAAAAUUCAUAGUUUAUAUUAGACAGGUGUGUGAGCCAGCACAGGCAGGACACAGGAACAACCACAGAACCACGGAUGAAAUGCAAAUUUAUUUUUGUUACCUCACCAAACCAGGGGAUCCCCAAAGCAGCAGAGGUACAGAGGUACACAAGCGGGAGCUCAGUCCGUGCUGGAGGAUCCCCAAACCUGCCGUUUUUGCCUGUGUUAUCAGGGAUUCACGCAGGCGUAGUUUACCACUGUGCUUUGAUCUCUCCCACAGCAGGGCAGGAAUCUCCAGCCUGUUCGAUAGGAUUCCUGUUAAGUCUAUCACAAGCCUAUGUUAUCUAAACACAGAUGUUCUACUUGACAGACACACAGGACUAAACCAAGGAUUAGUAUAUAUGUUUUUCAACACCUCAGCUGCAAGUCACUUGAGUGUGUUUACAAUCCUCCUUGCCAAUCUUCGGUUAUUUUCCCACAACAGGUAACUUGAUGCAGUUAAACGAUUGUUUGUUGAAUGAAAUCAGAAUAUUAAAAGUGCAAUAUGAUCCAUAAUGUAAUUGAUUUUCAUAUAGGUAAUCACAGCCUUGAUGUUCUCUGGGAGUAUAAGAAACUCUUUAGAAAAUCAAUUUACUGAGUACUUUUUUCUUUAAAGAAACAGUUCUGAAACAGCCUAUUAAAAACAAAGCGCCAAUGUGGGUAUUAUAAGAGAAAACACUUAAAGAUGCAAGUUUGUAGAAGGAUGUGCUUUGUGUUGAUGUAUUCAGAAAGGUGUUGCAGGAUAAAGAACUGCUAGUCAGAAAGAACACUGGCCCGUAUUUUCUGCAAUGCUUGUUUCUAAAGGCAAACCUAAAAGAAAAUUAAUGUUAAUUUGGUCCUCUUUUGAUCAGAACAUGAGCAAAGUAUAUCGGUGUCUAUAUAAUGUCUUUGGUUCAGAGGAGUCAUUCCAGAAAAUUUAAAGAUUGCUAAUCUGAUUAUUUUUUUUUUUGAGUCUGUAUAGCCCUUUUCUUGUAAUUAAAUGGGCUCUGUCAAGCCUGUCCUUAUUCCUUAGCCUCCACUGGUGAUAAAGAAUUUGUGAUUUUUUUGCAGAACGGGUUGAAGAAACAGACCUACUUCUUUAAGUAAGAAAUUAGGCUAGGAGAAUAGCAAGGAAACUGGAUAUAUUGAAGCAAACUGCUUUUUAUAGAUGUUUGUCCUGAUGUGAAAAUCCCUCUUUAUUUUUGUAUGUAUAAAUGAAAUUGAAACUUAAUGAUAGGACUGGGCCUGAAACACAUUUUGAACAGUUCACGGUGACUUGCUGUGUAUUGUCUGGUGCCACUACUCUGUAGCUCCUGUCAGGUGAGCUUUCUUGGUGUUUGGGAAGGCUUAAAACAAAUAGCCAUUUAAAUUUAAACAUUCCACUCAGCUACAACUCAGCUUGUCCUGCUGGUUGGACAAUACAAGCUCUUCCGAUGUUCACUUGGUGACUUGCAGUUCUUAAGAUUGCUACAAAUUCAGCCAUGAAUAUAUUAUCCAUGUGUAUAUUUGAAGUACUGUAAUACUAACUAGGUCAAUGACUGAUUAUGAGCCUUCACAUCUGACAGACCUCAGCAGCAGGCACAGCUAUUUUGAUUCUAUACACUGAAUAAAACCUAAGUCCAAUAAUCACUUAACAGGAAAUCAAAAAUGACUGCAAAUCGAUGCUUACUUUCAGCUUACUCCAGCAAGAUAACUCAGCUAUCCAAACUUAUGUACAUAAUGUAUUAUAUGAGUUUUACCAUUUGAUAAUUACCUUUUUCAAAAAAAAAACCUGUCCACACUGUAGACUGACAGUCCCUUUCAUAUCUUGCCUUUAAAGAUAGUGUUUAAUUAGUUAUUAGAGUAGUAAUCAUGUAGGCUUAUAAUAGCGGAUAGCACCAAUGUUUUAUUCGACAUAGGUAAGUGGAUUAAUUACAACUUCACAGAUAUGUCCCCAAAUCUGUAGCACCAAAGGCUUCCCUCUCAUUGUUCUUGAUGUAGUAGGACAGUGUUUGUGUAAAGGCCACGGGAGUACAUUUUGUUGGACAUAUUUACACCCAGUCAAGAUGUUAAGGUAAUAAAAAUGUCAAUUGUUCUUUACAAACUUACACAUUGUAUAGUAUACAGAAUAAAUUGAUCUACUUAGUUUUUAUUGCAACGUGGAGAUUUGUCUCGUCUUUACUGUGGUUUCCUAAAAGAAUCUGCAUACUUCAGUAUUCUCUAUGGAAAAUUUCUAAACCCUAAAUCUUGCUACUCUGUAUCAUUAAAAAAUAUGACUGGGCUUUGGUUUCUAGUAUGUUAGACUACAGAAUUACUUUAAUGUAAUCACAUUUAUAUAUAUUUCAGUGCUUAUUUUUCUAAUAAGGCAAUUAAAGCUUAUUGUUUGAAAACUCCGUAA